AUGGACGACUAUCGGGGGUCUAGGACUGCUCCCUUCUACGCAGUGCCAUCCCAUCGCCUCGUCAGCGUCGAGCACCCUGCUGUGAUCCGCAAUGUCGAUAAGGCGAUAGAGACCUUACAAGGCGACACAGGAAUAAAAACAAUCUUGAACCCGGCCAAAGACGGCACACUAGCUAAUCUGGUGUUGCGGCCAGAAGAUGCUAUGGCUCGAUCGGUCCAGUCAACGAGCAUCCAAUCAAACAACGUUCUUCUCAAAGUCACUGUCCCUAAGCGGACAGGACGGAAGCGCAAGAUAGGCUCGAACGAGCCUUUCACAUAUGUACCGGAGUCUGAAGCAUCCGAGCCGCCCCCGCGACGGACCGCUAAGGAUCUCUUGCGCAGUCUGAGUGAUAACCCUUCCAAGUAUCAGAUUGAGCCAGUUGGGAGGGUUGAACGGACACAUGUGUUCCGAGGAAUACCUGAUUUCGUCUACUCGACUACAGCGAGUUCCUUUACGAACCGCUUCCGAGACCAAAUUCUUCCAUUUGACUUCGAAAAAAUGAAGCAAUUUGAUAUCGACAUGGCCAAAGGCACCACUAGUACCGCAGAUCUUAUCCCGCCGCCAUCGUUCAGCCACGGAGACGUCCCAUUCCACUAUAUCUACCGCCAAAACCCAACAGUAAAACAAGCAAUCGGGCGCUCGGGAAAACUAGAAACAGUGAACACCCAAACUGCCAACAAAAUCCUAACCCACCUAGUCCCGUACGACGUACCCGUUGUCCCAUCAGAGCCACGCCCAAAUAUGCUCCCAAUGAGCGCCCUGGACCCAGGCAUGCACCGAACAAUCGCGACACUAAACGCCUUGUACGAAAAACAGCCCGCCUGGACCCGCCGCGGUCUCCGCAACAACCUCACAACAGACGAAGACCGUUUGAAUCUCCGGCACGCGAUUCCGUACGUGGGCUACAUCUUCCGCUCCGGACCAUGGCGCGAUGCAAUCAUCAAACUCGGUGUCGACCCACGCACCUCACCAGAGUAUCGAUACUACCAAACAUUCAUGUUUCGGCUUCUGGCACGAGAAGCCGAGCUCGCGCGCGACGGAGGCGGCGGCCGACGACAUAAUGUUCCGCGACCCAGCGACCAGCGCGGUGGCGAAGACGAAGGUGCCAAUGGGCCGUCGACGGGUCAUAUAUUCACUGGCAAGCAGCCGUUUGCGCAAGACGGACGGAUCUGGAUGGUGGGCGAGAUCAAGGAUCCCCAGCUUGUAAAUGACUUGUUUCCUGCUGAUCCGGGGCCUGGAUUCCUGCGCAGCGAGUGCGAUAUUGUUACUGACGGGUGGUUUGGGAAUGGCACUCUUGCGAAGGCGAAGACUGUUAUGCGACAUAAGAUUCAGGCGUUGAUGGAAGGGCGGGAGCCGGAUGAUCAGGAUUAUGUGAGGGUUAUGCAGCUUCCUGCUCAUGCGAAAUCUGAGGCUGAUUUCCCGCUUUUCACGCUUGAUCCUGAGGUGGCGACGCAGAAGGAGAUCACGCUUGCUACGGAGGUUCGGGCGAUCAUUCGCAGUUCGCCGGUUUGGAGGAAGUUGUCGGCUAAUGCUGGGUUGGUUCGGAGGAAUGUUGGGGAGGGGAGAGGGAAGGUAAAGGGGAAACAGGCUUUGAAGGGGAAGAGUGUUGAGCGGGAACCUGAACCUGAGCCUGAGCCCGAGCCUGAGAAGGCCGACGAGGAGAGUGAAGGUGAAGAGGAAGAGAUCCAGCGGAGGGAGAUGCUGGCAGCUCAGGUUGCAGAUGCUGCUGCGGCGAGGGAUGCCGAUGAAGCCGCUGACGACGAUGACGAUGAUAGUGAUGACAUGGAUGAAGAUGAGGAUGAGGACGAGUAA